CAAGUACUCAAACGGAGCAAGUAUGGGCACUGGUGAGGUGUCCUUGAGCAAGGCACUGGACCCCCACACUGCUCCCCGGGCGCUGAAAAUAUAAUAGCCGCCCACUGCUCCUAAUACUAGGAUGGGUUAAAUGCAGAGUCUAAACUUCACUGUGCUGUGUACAUGUGUGUGACCCUUAAAAGAGGAUUACAUUGCCAUUUCCAUUAAUGGCAGUUUUUUUAAAUGAACAUUUCAGUCAUCCGAGCACACCAGACAACUUUUCACAAUCUCUGCUUUGUUGCUUACUAUACCAAGUCUCACAAUAAACAGCUUGUGCAGCUGCACUUCCACACAAAGAAUCUGACUGGUGUUGAAUUGAGUUGUGCUGAAUAUGUGUGCAACUCUUUCUACAGGAGACAUUAGAAAAGCACCAAGAGUGUCUGAAGAGGCAAAGGGAAGCAGUGAAAUACAGACUGAAAAAACUGGCAGCACGGCAAUCAGAAAUCUCAAAAAAGUCUUCAAUGAUAAGGGGGAAAAUCAUACGGAAAUAUCAAGAGAUCCAGGCGGCCUUGGACGAGGACCUGAGGAUCACCCUGUCUCACCUGGAGAUGGAGGAGCGGGCUGCUGUCUCUGCCCUGGAUGGGCUGAUGGAAAGGAACUGUUCUCUAAUCCAGGAGAUAGAGCAGGACCUGGACAGGCUCACUGUGGCAAUUAUGGCCCAGACCGACACAGAGCCCGAUACAAUGUCUCUCUUGUCAUACCCUAAGCAGCAAGACAUGGAGACAUUGGACAGAGUGAUGGAUCUGCUUAACAGGACAGACCCGAGCAGUGUGAGCCUGGACGAAGUUAAAGCUGACCAGAUCCUCAGCCUCACCAACAACAUGCUUCUGCUCAUCAGCUCACAGACUCCUAUAAUCAGGAAACUCACCAAGAGUUAUUCCAGCGAGGUGUAUCUGGAUCCAGAGACGGCCCAUCCAAAGCUGAUCAUCUCGCCCAAGGGUGACAGUGCCACCUUCACAGACACCUGGCAGCAACUUCCGGACCUCCCCGGACGCUUUGACACCACCUUAAAUGUCAUCAGCGUGCAAGGAUUCAACUUUGGUCGCCAUUACUGGGAGAUUGAUGUGACUGGGAAGACAUACUGGGAGCUGGGCGUCACAUAUCCAAACAUUCCCCGCAAGGGCACCACUGAGCACUGCUGGCUGGGCCGGGGGGCCGAGUCCUGGUGUGUGGAGUUCUUUGAUGGGGAGUAUACGGCCUGGCACGGAGGGGUGCCUCAUCAGCUGCCUUUCACAAAACGCUUCUGUCGGAUUGGAGUUUUGUGUAGUUUCCCUGCGGGAUUGGUGACAUUUGUUGAGGCAGAGAACAUGACGCCGCUGUUCUCCUUCUGUGCAGGAACCUUCUCGGACGGCCUCCACCUCGCCCUGUGUCCUGGUCAUGACCACAAUGGCAUCAAUACUAAUCCCAUUGUGAUCUGUAAUGCUCCAUCUCCUACCGAUGACCUCUGAUUCGUAGCUCCACUUAAAAGCUUUUAGUAAAACCUUUCUAAUAAUUCACCCAUCAUAAAGGUUCAUGAGUUGAAAGUAAUGGCAGUAAUAAAGUUUAUUCAUAAAUAAACAAGACCUUUUCCCACUAAGGUAAAUGGUCUAACGGUCCAGUAGUGUCUUCCUAAUGAAUUUGUUGUCUUCAGUUUACUAUAAGGACAAAGCAAAUGUCAUGUUGCAGGAGGAUGAAUAUAAUCUAUAACACAUUAUCAAAUUCUUUAUUCACCUUUCAUAAAGCCAUUACUUUUAAUAAACCAUUUAUAAAGGGUGCCUUAUUAGAAAAGUGGUACCCUGACUAAUACUGUCCUCUUAAUAAUGGAAUGUACAAAGAGGCACAAUGUGGUAACAACGUUUAGAAGGAAGAUAGUUCCUUACAAGGAAUCAUGUUAAAGGGGAACAUUUCUUUCAGUGCCUGUAUAUAUGUAUUCAGAUGAAUGUCCAGAAAUAUAACAAGCAGUGUGGCCCAUCUCUAAGUUCAUUCAACUAAGAAAAAGGAUCAUGAAAACAUUCUUUCUUUAUGACAAAAUCUUGUUUAAGCAAAAUUAGUCAUAAACUGUGAUACAAGGGAUGUUCUUUGAUUGAGCAUACAAUCAUGCUGUAAGUAUUUAACUUUACUCAUUUUGUAUUUGUAUAAAGAUCCAAAGUCUAUAUUCAAACAAACAAUUAGCUUUGCAAAUAUGCUCUCUGAGCCUUUGUGUUGCAUCUGAGUACACGCUAAUCCUAUUCACAUUAAAAUGCUUUCGUAUGAAUUUCAAUACGACAAAAUGUUUCAAGGGUGUCGACAGUGAUCUUGAUUUAAAUGUCUAUUUUUGCACCAUUUAUUUAUCCAUUUUAAGCACUCACUAACAUGUUCUGCCUUUUAUACAGAAAAGAACAAGUAUCCAUUGGCACAGUUAAUCAGUUACUCAGUCACAGGGGGGUUAGUGAACUUACACAAAUAUUUAGAAAAGUGUGAGUAAUCUGCCAGACAGUGCAGUCUCAUUUCACUGUCCUGGAUGUCUUCUGAUCCACUGCCAUCAUGAACCCAAAGUUCCUCUUCUUUUGCCUCUUCUUGGCGGUGCUCCUCAUUCCUGCUGAAGUAUGUAUUCACUGUAUAUAUUAUACAGCAAUUGUGUAGCAAUGAGCAAAUGUAAUGAUUGUUAUUUACAAUGUUUGAUAAGGCAUUUUGCUCUGAUUAAAAUGCAGUAGAGCUUG